AUCAACUCUACUAGAAUCUUAUAGCGACCGAUGAUUCAAAAAUUAAUAACAUGUUUACCUUUAAGGAUGAAAAGCCACAGCCUGACCCUAUAUUUGAAUAUGAUGCAGCAUUGCACGAGAAUGGAGUUCCUCUCGUAAUUGAUAAUGGAACGUAUCAAUGCCGAGCUGGAUGGGCAUCCUCACAAGCACCCAACCUUCUAUUUAAAAAUGUCACUGCUAAACAAAAGGGGAAAAAGAGCCAAAAUGAAACUGAAACUCUCAUUGGCAAUGACAUCACAAGUAUGGAAGUGGCUAAGUGGAUUCUUCGAUCUCAAUUUGACAGAAAUAUAGUGACACUCUUUGAUAUACAGGAGCAGACUUUUGAUUAUCUUUUCUCCCACUUGGGCAUCUCAACAGAAGGGUGUGUAGAUCAUCCCAUUGUGUUGACAGAAGCUGUUUGUAAUCCCAACUAUACAAGACAAUUGAUGAAUGAAUUGUUAUUUGAAUGUUAUCACAUACCUCAAGUAGCCUAUGGAGUCGACUCUCUCUUUAGUUUGUACUACAACCAUCCUUCUCCAGAAACAGCUGAUGCUCUUAUUGUGGACUGUGGUUACCAAGCAACCCAUGUAGUGCCUGUUAUAGGUGGUAGAAUAUACCCAGAACAAUGUCGCAGAAUCAACAUAGGGGGUGGCUACAUAGAUUGGUUUCUCCAAAGAAUCUUACAGCUUAAAUAUCCCGGACAUGUCAAUGCUAUCACCAUUAACAGAGUAGAAGAAAUGAUAAGAGACCAUUGUUACAUGGCAACUGACUUCUUAGCAGAACUAAGUUUAUGGAAUGAUAAUAACUAUUUUGAAGCUAAUGUCAGGAAGAUGCAACUUCCCCUUGGUCAGCAAGCUGCAAGCUCACUACUAACUGCGGAACAACAAAAAGAAAGAAGGAAACAACAAAUAGCCAGACUGCAAGAAGUCAACACUAAAAGAAGACUUGACAAGUUACAAUCCGAUGAAGCAGAACUUCAGAAACUGUUAGAAGUCCAGGAAUUGAUAGUUACUGGGGAUGAUGAUGCCUUCACUUCAGCCCUGGCUGAGGUUGGUUUAAAUAGAGUUGAAGACUUACAGGAAGCCGUGGACAGAUUAUCUGCUGACAUUCAAAGAGCUAAAGCAAAAAUUUUAGGUCAAGAACCUGCACCUAUUGAACAAGAGAAUAAGGAGCCAUCUUUUCCACUGCUAGAUAUUCCUGAUGAAAUGUUGACACCUGAUCAACUGGCUAUUAAAAAACGACAGAAAAUUCUCAAAAGUGCAAGGGAAGGAAGAAAGAAAGCUUUAGCUUUACAGAGAGAGAAAAGACAAAAGGAAUGGGAAGAAGAGAAGAAACUUGAAGAGAGAAGGAGAGUAGAUUUUAAUGGAUGGUUGGCAGAAGUGAGAGCCAAGAGGCAGAAAAUUUUGGAUGCUCGUAAUGCAAGAAGACAAAAGAAGUCAGAUAUGACAAAGAGAAGAACUUAUGCAGCUCAACAGAGAAUGAGAAUAAUAUCUCAGCUAGCAGCACAGCCCUCCAAAAAGGGAGAUAAUUUUGGCCAGAAUGAUGCAGAUUGGGAUGUGUAUAAAGAAAUUAAUCGUGAAGGUGGUACCAGUGACUCUGAGGCAGAAGAAGAAAAAUUGGAAGAACUUGAGACAAUGCUGAAAGAACAUGAUCCUGAGUUUCAAAAAGAUGUUGAUUUGGGAGGUUUAUCUGGAGAGUUUGAUGUUGCUGAGUACUACAGGUUACAUUUGGGAGUGGAGAGAAUAAGAGUUCCAGAACUUCUGUUCCAGCCCUCAAUGCUCGGUCUAGAACAGGCUGGUCUGAGUGAAACUAUGGAGUUUAUUCUUGGUAGAUUGCCAAAUAAUCUUCAGACUAAAGUUGUUCAGCAUGUAUUCUUGACAGGAGGCAAUGCUAACUUUUUUAACUUUAAAGAAAGAAUAGACAGAGAACUGCUUCAGAUCAGACCAUUUCAAAGUACAUACAAUAUUUUUAAAGCAGGCAACCCAAGCUUAGAUGCAUGGAAUGGUGCUAGAAAAUUUGCAUUAUCUCCCUUCCUUGCCAGCAGUUCCAUUACCAGGAAGGACUAUGAAGAAAUGGGGGAUGGCUACCUGAGGGAGCAUGUAGCAUCCAACAGAUAUUUCCCUACACCCAUUGUACCACUCACGUAGCACACUAUCUACACAACUCUAGUGACUGUUUCAACUGCCAAUUUAGUCACCUUUUUUUAAGUGUUAAAAAUGUAUACAUUUGUAUCUUUGUAAUUGUUAUUGAAAAAGAAGCUAUGAAGCAAUAUUUGUGAGAUGAUAUUGUUAUAGUUUUAUUUUCAUUGGUUUCUAAACAUCUGAACUAUUUGCUCUCUAUGACUCAUCCACUGGAGGCUAUUUUGUCCUUCUUUCAUUAGAAGUUAUUGUGAGAUAUGAACAUGCUGCAUUCUAAUUUGUUCUUUCUUUUGUCAUGUUUUCUCUUAGAUAUGGAUGUCAGUACAAUAAAACAAAUCAAACACAUUUGUUCUUUCUUAGGUCAUUGGUUCAAGUACAUAUUAUUGUAUACAUAAAUUGUAUUGGCAGGUUUCUUGCUCACACAUUUUGUUGACAGUCCAUUUAUUGUGCUUGAAGAAUGACUGAAACAUGAAUUGAAAUUGUAAACAAUUAGUUAUAUGAAUAUUAAACAUUUGUUGCAAACA